GCGCUAUCGUCGUCGUCAACCACCAAGAACAACGCGUGAACUGCUUACGUGGCUGUCGGUAUCCUCAAGCCCUUUCCUAGCAAUCUUGGCUUUUUUUUUUAAUUCAUCUGCUUCUUCGCCCCUUCAGGGGCUGUUUGCACUUACUUGACCAAGAUUGCCUGCCAGCACAACGAGAGAGAGGACCCUGCGCUGCAUCCAAGGACGGCCCAUCAACAAUUCAAAGUGCACGGUCUUGACUUGUAAGAACACCGCCACACCAUGAGGGAAAUUGAUGCGCAUUUCGAUGCCUAUGAGCACCUGAAACACCUCCCACGAGAUGGCGAGGCGCUGCAUACGCUCCGUAAGGCUGCGUCCAUGGUCAAGCCCAUGAUGAGGAAACGAGGCUGGAAGGUUGGAAUACUUGCCGAGUUCCUUCCUGACGAGCCUCAGCUGCUAGGCCUGAAUAUCAACCGCACAGAGAGGAUCCUAAUCCGGCUGAGAUACCACUAUGAUUCCAGGCAGUUCCUGUCCCUGGAGCAAGUCACAGAUACCUUACUGCAUGAACUCUGCCACAUAGUCAUUGGCCCUCACAAUGUCGACUUCAACAAUCUCUGGAACGAACUUCGAGAGGAGCAUCAGUCUCUUCUUAUGAAGGGUUACACUGGCGAGGGAUUCCUGUCGCAAGGCCAAAAACUCGGCGGUAGGCGCAUACCGCUCGACGAGAUGCGCCGCCAGGCUCGGAUCGCUGCUGAGAAGCGACGGACGUCUACCGACGCCAACGCAGGAGGGCAUCGCUUGGGCGGUUCGCGACCUACAGCACGCGGUGUUGAUAUGCGUAAGGUCAUCGCAGACGCGGCAUCACGCAGAAACAGCAUCACCGAAGGUUGUGCAAGCGGAAGCUCUGAGACUCAACGGUUAGUCAACCAGGUCAAUCAGCAAGAGCAGGAUAGGUUUCGCACCACCGCUGAGCAAGAUGAUGCCAAUGAUUGGGCGAUUGCCCAAGCUUUGCAAGAUCUCAUGUAUGACGAGGAAAUGCAGAGAUUAGGCGCCCCGACUGGAAACGGUGGGCUAAGUUGGGAUCCUCAAAACGGACUGCAGUUCGACAGUGCACCACCUUCUCCUAGCACCUCGCCAGCUCCACCAAAUCAAUCUCACCCUACACGCAGCACAACCUAUCCUCUUCCAGGCCGACCUCUGCCACGAUCAACCGCGCAAACGUCAUCAAAAGCACGAACCCGUACUCCUUCAACAUCCGCAAGGACACCCUCGCGCCUUAUCUCGUACGACGAAGAGCAACGACGGAACAAGCGUCUUCCCCCGACACCACCGCGGCCAUCUCCGCCGCAGCAGUCUGUCACAUUCCUCACUGACCCGAAUAAGUGGGCGUGUCCGCAAUGCACACUGCACAACCCACUCGACUAUCUUGCUUGUGGCGCCUGUGGCCUCGAACAGCCACCUCAGCCCAUACCAGAACAUAAACGCUUCGCAUCGUCAUAUACGGUACCUACUCUGCCCAAACCACCGCCGCAGUCUGGACUGCGAGGGCAGGGUGCCACGCCGUUUGAACUUGCAAGAGGUAGGAUAGGCUGGAAUUGUCUCGAGUGCGGGACCUUCAUGGAAAAUCAAUGGUGGACCUGUUCGCUUUGCGGAACGAUGAAAUCGGACUCGUAGCGCAUAAACAAAAGCGUUGUGACAUUUACGCGAGGGGCCUCAUGCAAUCUGGAUACAAGUGUCCGGCAUAAGGUACGGACAUCGUUUGACUGCGUGUUGGUAUACCCUGGCAGACAACACGCAUGUCAAAUAUGGCGCCAGUUAUUUUGGAUAAGAGAUAGCGCGGCUGUAUGCAUUUGGUCUAUGGAUAAUCUCAUUGGAGAUCAUGGUAUAUGGCUUGGGGACAACGUUUGUUGGGACAAUGUUUGUUUACGAUUGAACGCUGAAUACGUUGUUUGGAGCGUGUUUAUGAGGGCCACGAAUACGUGAAUAUGACACAUUUGUGAAUAGACAAGCACCAAUUCUUUUUUGGGUAAUCUCAACCUUGAAAAGGUAUUUGAAUACUUUACACGAGUGAAAGACAUAUUCA